GUUCUGGGAGAUCAGGCUCUGCUCCUUAAAUCCCUGCGCAGACUGGGACACAGCUCCGUUCUCCUGCACCGACCCUAAACCCAGCUUGACUUUCUCCGUCUGCGCCUCCGGUACACGAGUCCUGUCAGGACACAUUUCAAUCUCCCCUCGCUUGAGACGAUUAGCGGCACGCGCCGAGCCGAGGUGCGCACGUUGCGCGGUGCCGUGCCGGUCCAGCUGAUCUCCGCCGCUCGGAGGUGGUCGGGGGCGGAACCGGAGGACGUGACGUCAUCCCAUGGAGAUGAGGCUGCUCGACAUCCUGUCAGUUAACGUCGGUGACCGGGAUUAUCGCGCGGGGCUGGAUGCCUACACCAGGGUGAGCGGAGCGGAGCGGAGCGGAGACCGGCCAUGGAUCUAACCUUCGUCAUAUCAGCCAUCAUCCUCACGCUUCUCGCCAUCGUGGUCGCCACGUCGCUGCUCAGCGACUCUUCGUCCACGGCCGACUUCCCGGACGCACGCAGUCAUGUCGGACACAGAGGCGACGGCGCGUCGGAGCGGAGCGAGCGGUGCGGCCCGACGCAGAACGGCCACGUCCCCGACAAGAAGGAGGCGGCGGUGGACGACUGGUGCGAGAUCAGCGGGAGCUCCCACGACCACUGGGACGUGGUGAAGUCAGUGCUCUCCGAGGAGGCGUCCCCCCCCCCCCACCCCGGAGAAGGGGCCACGCAGGCCGAGCUGUGCUCCUCCACACGCAGCCCGUCCGUCCCCGGCUCCAGGAACACCAGCUUAGAGGGAGACCCGUCGGGCCGCAGGUCUUUCAUUGGGCUCUCUGAUAAGGAGCUUCUAAAGUGUGCUUUCUCUCACCCCCAGACUGAAGGAGCCACAGAGAGCCCAGAGGUCCAGGACGAUGCACAGUCAAAUGAGCUCCAUUCCUUGAAGUACGUCCCCGGGAAGGCACGGUCCCAUCACCUCCAAAUGAUGCUGUCCAAAGAGGAGCUGGAGGAGGAGCAGAGGAGAUACUUCAACACAGACUUUAACUGUCUGUGAGCCUGAAAAGGGAUCAGAUCUGUGGGUGCAGCGUGAGCAGCUCUCCACCAUCUUCCAGCUGCUGAAGGAAAACAAGGAGACGUUUGGCGACGUGUCGGAGGGCGACAUGGAGGAGCAGCUCAGACUCUACUCCAUCUGAGACUCCAUCACUCCUGACCCCUGAAGGACACGCUACACUCGUACUACUUCCAUAUCACAUACUGUGUUUGUUUGCUGUAAACCGUAGUCCACAUGAAGAGGAGGAGCUGCCAGCUCUGCUCAGUACGAUAAGAUAUGCAAAAAGAUGGAAGGACCACUGUUAUCGCUUUAGUUUUAUAUCACAACAACGUUUCAAAUAAUCUUGUUAAUUUAUUGCAGAACUUUUUUAAACUUGAACGUGACCUUUUUGAGUCUGUACCAGCUGUAAAUGCUGCCGUUACCUGUGGAUCCUUUGGUGUGCGUGUAAUAAACCAGACGUUGCCCCAGUG